AUGGGCAAAUCUUUAAUCCCGUCCAUCCUAUGGCCAGAUUUCACUUGGCCACGGUCAACUCCUUCCACAAUUUUACAAACUAUACCUCCAGUGCCCCGCGUGCCGGGUAAAGCUAUCAGAAUAGCAUGGGGUAUCGUUCACAAGUCAUUAUAUACCUUUUCCCGAUGGUAUUCUUCUUGGUUUGGCAUCACUUUUGAUGCUAACAUCGUACAAUUACCCUUUGGGCUCGUUAUGAAAUGGACAGAUCGGACAAGCAUAGAGGAAGCUGUCUCAAUGCAAAUGGCAGAAGCUGCUGGAAUUCCCGUUCCAAAGGUCCUAAGUUGUGGUGAACACCCAGAGGCCCCAUUUAAUAGGAAGAUUUCGAUCUUGAUGACGAGAUUGCCGGGGGUGUCCCUUGAAAAUUCAGACGAUCUCUUACAAGUCGAUAACGAGGAGCCAUGGCUAGAGGAACUGAAGAUGUGCGUACGCGCUAUGCGUUCCUGGCGUUUUCCCGGCCAGAAAAUAAUAGCUUCGCCUAUUGGAACGUCCCUCCGAAGUCCAAGAGAAGAAUUUUACGAAUAUCUUGUCUCCCCAGCUUCUGCCCAUGCAUUUAAAUCAACCGCAGAAUACGAGAACACACUCACGCGUGCAAACAAGCUUCAACGCGACUAUCGGAUUGUGUUUACUCAUGGAGAUUUCAAAGCUCACAACAUCCUUGUUGGCGAUGAUGGACAUUUAUCUGGGUUUCUGGACUGGGAAUCGGCAGGCUGGUAUCCAGAAUACUGGGAAUUUACGACAGCAAUGCGGUUCGGAAAAGGGAGCUGGUGGUUCCAAGUAGCUUCUUGGAUCGGCGGAGAUCAGUAUUAUGAUGAACUGGAUUCUGAUGUAGCUUUGAACCUAUUAACUGUCGACUCCUAUAUAGCCAUAUGA